CAGAUGGUGUUUUUCAAAUCUUGAUGAUAGCACUGCAGAGGAUGGUUGCUAUAGUCUCAUAAUGGGGGCUGGAGAAACUGGAAAUUUCAAGAUGUUGGAACCUGGCAAACCUCCACCAGCAAAGAAAGUUCGAAAGGAGCGAAAUCGGGGCAAAUUUUCUGAAAUUUCUUGCUCAACUGAAACUAUGGAGCAACAGAUAUGGAAGGAAUUUCCAGAAGAUCUUUUUGAAGCUGUCAUUGCAAGACUUCCUAUCGCCACUUUCUUCCGUUUCCGUUCAGUUUGCCGGAAGUGGAAUUCCUUGCUGACUACUCAGAGUUUCUCUCAACAAUGUGAACAGAUCCCACAAGCCCAACUCUGGUUUUAUACCAUUACACAUGAAAAUGUCAAUACUGGAGCCAUGUAUGACCCUAAAUUAAAGAAAUGGCACCACCCUACUGUUCCUGCUUUGCCAACAAAGUUAAUUGUCUUGCCAGUGGCUUCAGCUGGGGGUCUUGUAUGUUUUCUUGACAUUGGACAUAGGAGCUUCUAUGUGUCCAACCCUCUUACCAAGUCUUUCAAAGAGUUGCCAGCUAGGUCAGUGAAGGUCUGGUCCCGUAUAGCUGUUGGGAUGAUUCUGAAUGGGAAUUCAACUUGUGAGGGCUAUGCCAUCCUUUGGGUUGGUUGCGAUGGAGAGUAUGAAGUUUAUGACUCCACAAAGAACUCGUGGACCCGUCCAGGCAGCAUGCCCUCAAACAUUAGGCUACCAAUGGCUCUGAACUUUAGGUCGCAAGCAGUGUCCAUUGGUACUAUACUUUAUUUCAUGCGUUCAGACCCUGAUGGAAUUGUAUCCUAUGACAUGGUAACUGGGGUCUGGAAGCAGUUUAUUAUCCCGGCUCCUCUGCAUCUAAGAGACCAUACACUUGCAGAGUGUGGGGGGCGGAUCAUGCUUGUGGGGCUGCUUACAAAGAAUGCUGCCACAUGCGUGUGCAUAUGGGAGUUGCAGAAGAUGACUCUUUUGUGGAAGGAGGUUGACAGAAUGCCAAACAUCUGGUGCUUGGAGUUUUACGGAAAGCACGUUAGGAUGACUUGCUUGGGUAACAAAGGUUUACUUUUGUUGUCGUUGAGAUCAAGACAAAUGAAUCGACUGGUCACCUAUAAUGUAACAAGCAGGGAAUGGUUAAAGGUUCCUGGCUGUGUAUUGCCACGUGGGAGAAAGCGGCAGUGGAUUGCAUGUGGCACUGCAUUUCAUCCCUGUCUGACUGCAGUGGCUUGAUUUUCCAUUUGCUUGAGAUCCUGGUAGCGUUGGCAUGUUAGGCACCAGGUCAGUUUUCAUAUGGAUUCUAUCGUCAGUUGGGCUGGAGACAGUGUUGCGACCGCUGUCUUCAGCCUAAUUUCUUGCGAUGAUAUGGGUAAAACGAUCCUAUGGGGAUUAAGAUAUUACAUUUGUUCUUGUAUAAACAUCUUAAUGUCGACUCUGGUUCAGAAGACAUUCUAAAAUGCUAUUUUUGAAUCAGCUGGCAAGAAUGUUUUGGACUUCGUUCUGUUCAAAGCAGAAAAAACUGUAUGUCUUUGGUGGGAAAUAUGCUUUUUACAACAUUCUGGGAAGGGUUUUCGUUUGCAAGUCUUUUCCCUUAAAUGGGCCAAUUAUAUCUUGUGGGACAUAAGAGUAAUACCAUCUGCUUUCAUUUUUCUUGUUUUUUUUGUUCAAUAGUAAAAGGUGUCCGGACUAGUUUACAUGUAUUUUUACUAAUUUCUUGCUCGGUCUGGUCAAAGACAAAUCAUCUACGUUGGGAU